AUGUGUUGCAGAGAUGACGUUCGAUGUACUAAAGGUGAUGAAAAAGCUCGAACCACCUCAGUAGCCCAUGGAACCAUAUUUUUAGAAAAACUUUUUGAUAAAUUUGCUGCUGAUAAUGAAGUAUUUCAAUUACUUAAGGGAUUACAAGGAGUAUUUCGAUCUGUAGGAUUUACUUCAGGACCACGUGAAACAAAAUUUGAUCAAGCAGCUAGGAUGGCAUUUUUGACGUUGGAUCUCAAGUAG